AUGGGCCCGGGCUGGCACGGCCCAGUGGAGCAGGCCGUGCCUGGGCCGCUGGCCAGGCAUGUGGGCCGGCACGGCACGACCUACUCCGUGCGGACAGCCCGGUCGGGGCCCGUAGCCAACGCCGUGGACAACCGCCCCCUUACCUCCUCGGCUCCUCGCCCCAUGGGCCCCACCUCUCAGUCCCUCGCACUCUCAUUCGCACCCGCUCGCUCCCUGCUCCCUCUCUCUCCCGACUCGGCGGCGAUUGACUUGGCGAAUCGGUCAGUUGCUGAUGCCUCGUCUUCCUCCUCUGGGGUAGAUCGGGCACGGCGACUGCGUGCUCCGUUGAGGGACGGUGCUGGAGUUCGGCCGUCCGCGGUGAAGGUCGCCAUGGCGGAUGAUGACGAUGUCAAUCCGGUCACCGGCAACGACGACCUUCGCGCGACAGGGCUUGUCCCAGAUGACGAAGACGACAUCCAGGCUGAUGCUGCUGCUUUGCUCGGUAUCGAUCUAACCUCUGCUCCUAUCGAUCUAAGUUCUAAUCCGACCAACGCUGGUGGAGGGCCUGCUACGGCCACCGAUACUCCGGACGGCUCCACCAGCACCGAUGGUGGUACUGGUACCUCAUCUGUUGGUAAGCGUAAAUCUACUGUCUGGGUUGAUUUUGAUGAGGUAUUUGAGAAAGUGAAUGGGCCUGGGAGGAUUAUAUUGCCCAUGCUCAUAACCCCAGGUUUACCAAAGUGUCUAGACAGACCACCACUAGAGACCUUCUGA